AUGCCCUUCGCGGAAACCCUCAUUCUAGCAUCGCUGCCCACCCGCAAGCCCAAGCUGGGCCAAGUCACCUCGCUGCCGCUGUCGCCCCCACUCAGCAGCAAGCCGGUAGCGGUCGACUCGGCUCGAGCCAUGUUCAAGCCACCAGCAGCUCGAGCGGAAAAAGAGCUAGCAACACGGGAGGUCACGAGCGUUGCAGCUGGCUUCCACGAACUCGUGAUCUCGGAGCGCAAGUACAGCGACCGUGUUUGGGAUUGGGCGGCCAACACCGGGAGCGACUUCUUCGGCUCCUCAACGACACUUCUUCCUGGCAAGACGAUCGCGUCUAGCUUCGAGGAGUUCAAGAGGCUGUACAACCAGCUCGCGGCGGAUCCUCGCUGGUGGUCGCGCCUCAACGACUGCGGUCUGCUCUUCGCCACCUGGCUGGUCGUGCGAGAGUUCUUCCAUCUUCUGCGCCACGCAGAGCCCACGGACAUGCAGUCCGUCAUAAGCUCGAUCGACGAUCGCAUCGGGCUCGGGGCAAUCACCUCAUUUACGCUCUAUAAGACGGACCUCGUCUCGCCCGCCGGCUGCGCAGUCCAGAGGAUGGAGAGGCAAGCCAUAGAGAAAGCCUGCAGGACCCCAGGCCUGUCGCGCGGCUGUUACCGUGGGUCGCACCUUCCAGUGCCGAGUCAGAUGAAGCCAAGGAUCCACGUCGUCAAGCGGGGCGACGGCAGAACUGCGACGCUGCCGAUCCUGGCCGCCAGGCUGGAGCUUGUACCAUGCGCACGGUUUCUGCAGGGCAACGACCUGAUGGAGACGGUGCUCCUGCGCGCGAACCGCCGAGCGAAGCCGAAGAACAAGGCGGCUGAGAUCGCUCGAAACCUCUUCGACAGCGGCCGACCCGGCAGCCUCAAGGCUCAAGACCUCCUGUCCCUCCCUCUGCCGCACAUGGGCCUCGCGAUGAGUCCUCUGCCCGACCGCGGCAACAGAUGGCUCGAGGCCAUGCUCGCUGCGGACGGCGUAGCCACGGCUUCCUCCAUCGAAGUCAACCAGCUCAAUCUUGCUCUCCCUAUGAUCAUCGAAUAUGAUCAGCUCGUAAAGGGUAGGAUCCCGGCGCUGUUCGACUUUGAGGGAGUCAUAGAUCCCGCGACGGUGCGUUGUGCCAGGGUGGACGAGGCUUGGCACGCCGGCAUACCGUCGCUGGACAGAAUCGUCUCGCGCGCGGAGGAUGGUCAGAUGACCCCUCACUCGGCCGGCAACGUGCAGUGGGCGUCAUGGGCUUACAACCGCAUGAAGGUCAGCAAUUCGCCGCUGAGGGCUGAGAGCUCGCUCGCACUGUUGCUCCUCCAUCACAAUGCCGACGUCGCCCAGAAUGAUGCAGACAGCCAGAGUGAAGACGACGAGGUCGACAUCGGCGGCGACAGCGACUACGGCGAGGACAGCGACUCCGACGAGGAAGGAGAGAGCAGGAGUCACGGCGCAGCGAGGAAGCUGACCUCCGUCGGCGGCACUGCGGCGCAGCUCUGGUCGUCUAUAGGCAAGAAGGUUUCGCCUGCGUGGGUGGCUCGAGUGGCGGCCGGCUCUACGAGCUUCACCUGCAUCCACGAGCUCAUCAAAUCGCUCCCCGCCGAUCUCUCUGACCGCCUCAAAGACGUGGGGACGAUGCCAAAUGGACUCCCGACGCUCGGCAUCUUUCCGCAGGACACAAGCGAGACGGCGCUCCGGGAGAGGCUCGUAUCCGGCAUCGCAUUCAUGGAGGAGAAGUGCGAGCAGCUCUGGCCGUGGGUGGUCCCUCCUGCUGGCCUGCUGGGAGAUGACAAUUGGUCUGCAAGUGCAGAGAGUGAGCACGCCAAGAGGAGCUGGCACGUGGGCCUGACGCCAGCCAAUCUCUUCGGCGCGCUCCUCAUGAUGUUCCGUCCGUGGCUUGCCUUCUUGGGCGCCUGAUUUCGCCUGUGCUGAGCCGCUCAACUUCGCUGAUCACCGGUCAAGCAGUCACAUGUCCGUGAUGCAGACGUUUGCAGAGUGGGCGCGGGGAUCG